CUCUCGCGUCACAUCAGAUAUUCUCAUUAAUGCAUAUAUCUAGCAGAACCAAGGCUUUAGUGUUUUGAAUGGCUUAUUUGAAUAACUAAAUUAACGGGAUGUAUCAUAUUAAAGUCAUUGCAUCUUAUAGACUUGUGUUAGUCAUACCUUAUUUUAGUGAAGGUUGAAUUAGAGUGAACAGUUUAUUAAAUCAGGGGGAUCGUGCCAGGAAGACAUUCAAUCGCUGAUAGUAAAUAAAACUGCUGAUCGUUGGAUACCUUCUAGCUUUGUGAGAAUGGUUAACUAAAUGUGUGUUGCGUUUGAGAUUCAGCAAAGAAGACUAGAGUGUAAUAAAUACGCCAGCAGACCUAGCAGAUUCUCUUAAUGGUAACAAUAGCCGACUGAAAUUUAGAAACACCUUUGGAAGUGAUUCUGCUAAUAUAUAUAUAUAUAUAUGGUUUUCGAACUGCCGAUGUGUUUAAAUAAAUUGCAAUAAACUGCGUCUAAAUUUCUUAAUAAAACAAUGAAAGACAUUACUAAAAACCUAUCUUAAUAACCUAUGAAACUGUACUAUGAGACUGGAUUUAGAUUUUAGUGCAAUAAAUUGGUAACGUUUCUGAAUAUUUUUGUACUAUUGGAAAACGGAAGCUUUAGUCCGAGUAAGAUACAUCUAAAGUGGCAGAUUUCGCAGCAGGAUAAUGGUUGAUUCCUAUAUUAUUGGACGAAUGCCACUCUCGGUAUUUCAUUCAGAAUUGGUUAUCAAAACUUGAUUGUUCUUUAUGGGACCCAUUAAUUGUUUUAGGGAGAUAAACAAAACGUUUAAACGGAAGGCAAUCUGCUAAAUCAUACGUUAAGUCUAGAGUUAGAAACGUAUGGCAAAAUGUUUUGAAAACAUUAGUAUCGUAUUAAGGACACAUAAAAGGACUUUACUUGGCUUAGAAAACAGUAAGGUGAAAACAAAUUAUACUUACUGUUGAAACGGUAAAUAGUGAUAUAUCAGACAUGAAGUUGGUUGUGACAAUGGAAUUGCUUCUGGUGAUUCUAAUGGGUGAAAUAACGAUGGGAAUAGAAAUUUACGAUCUUCGAAACCACCAGGUUGUGAAGUUGAGCCUUGACGAACAGAUGGGUAUUCUUAAGCAGAGAAAAAGCGCAUGUGAGCUUAAAAAGCUCCAAGAUCCUCCUGGGUCAGGGGUAUACUGCAACGUCACAUGGGAUAAUGCAAUGUGUUGGGACUUCACAGCGGCCGGUACCGUGGCACAACAGUCAUGUCCAGAUUAUAUAAAUGGUCUCAACAGUGCAGGCUUUGCAACACGUGAAUGCCUAACAAACGGUUCAUGGAAACCGAACUCUGAUUUUAACAAUACUGACGGAUGGACUAAUUACUCCGGUUGCAUGGAUGGGUCUAAACCUGACCCACCAAAAGAUUAUUCACAUCAUCUAGCUAAAAUACAGCUGAUGUCGGAGAUAGGCUACGGAGUGUCCUUAGCUUCACUUGUUGUUGCAGUGACGAUAAUGAUAGCGUCAAAAAGAUUACAUUGCAAAAGCAACGUGCUGCACAUUAACCUUUUCCUUGCAUUCAUUCUCCGAGCUUCUGUUACAUUCAUUAAAACCUUGGUGUUCGUGGAUGACCUAGGUUUGGAAAAAGACAUAAUUCGCCAUCCUGGUGGACUGAUUACUUUUAAACCAGAGGGAUUGCAUUGGGAAUGUAAGUUGAUAGUUAGUAUCUUUGUGUAUACCGUUGCAUCCAGUAUGAUGUGGAUACUGAUGGAAGGACUUUAUCUUCAAAUGCUUGUGUAUAAAACGUUGUUUACAGAGCGGAACGGGACACGAAUAUACGUUUUAGUUGGCUGGCUUUCACCGUUCGUCUAUUUGAUACCAUGGAUUAUUGUUCGAAUAUACAAAGAGAAUGAAUUAUGUUGGAACCGGCACAGGACCGACGGGUAUUUCUGGAUCAUUAAAGCACCAAUACAGUUAUCUGUUCUUAUUAACUUCAUAUUUUUCAUAAAUAUUGUACGAGUUUUGUGUGUGAGGGCCAAGAUAAGUCGACAUGUAAAAAGCGAUUCGCAGCAUUUGAGAAAAACAGCCAAGUUUGUUUUGGUGCUCAUUCCUCUGUUCGGUGUGAUAUAUAUAGCGUUCUCGGCAUACCCUUCAGGAGUCGUUGGCAUGGAAGCUGAUAUUAUCUACCUGUACUGUGAAAUGUUUUAUAAUUCCUUUCAAGGUUUUGUUUUAGCUCUGUUGUUUUGCUUUCUGAACGAAGAGGUGCACAAUGAGAUUCGGCGAUUCUGGUACAGACGUAGAUUCAAUCGUUUUAACACGCGUUCCAUUAUCCUCUCGUCGUGGCGGAAAGCCUCGAGGACAUCACGUGACACCUACUCAAGGGAUACACGUUUGACGGAGGGCGUUGUCCAUUCUCAUGGCAAUUGUGUUGAUACCUGUAAAUUAAAUAAAAAGUGUCAGGAGCACGUUAUGUGGUCAAGAAAAAGUCACGAGAAACGGAAUGGAAAGCCUACAGUACCUGCAUGGCAGAACGAGGAUAUGGACGGUAUUAUUACAGAAACAAAAGCUUGUAAUUCUGCUGGUGAUGAGGUAUAGAUCUAUUAGUGCGUGAAACCAUAUACAACAAGAGUUUACUUUUACUCGAUUGAAAGGUGUGGAAUAAAAGUACACUCGCACGUAUAAACGCAAAAGCACAUAGAAUGACGUCUCCUUUAUGUGGGGAUACACUUUUAUAAACAGACAUAUACAGGUUAAAAACGAAGUUUCUUUAGCUCAUUUGAUAUGAGACAUUGCACAAGUCAUUAUGCUAAAUAUGUUAGCAUAUCACUAUGUAUGUUACGCCAUUGUCAAAUACCUGUAAUUUGGUUCAUUAACACUAUAGUUAUCUACUACUAUAUAUAUUUUAUUCAGACGUUAUUGUUUUCUUAAUAUCUACAUUGGAUGUCAAUAUAAAACUUGUAAUUAAUAUAUUGUUUCACUGAGAAGUAUUUAGGAUUAAGUGCCAUUACAGUUUCUUAGCAAAUAAAAGUAAAAUUGAAGUUACAUACUUUAGAUAAAGGAAUUUGAUAUUUGAAGAUGAAAACAUUACUAUGAAUGGAAGUAUUGCAAUUUGUUAGGAUUCGUGUUUGAUUUUCUUAUAGUACAUUAUGUACGAACAAUAUAAUUUUGAUAUUGAUAACUGCAGUUAAAUCUGUGAUUCACAAGAUCUUGACUUCACAUAAAUGACAAAAUAACUUUCAGUUAAAUAUAUUUAAUGCCCAUUUCCUACGUCGUCGUGUAUUUUUUUACCGUUAGUGUUGAAUAUUGAAAUGAGUAUAAAAGGAAACUACGUAAAUAUCAACAUCAAAAUGUUUGGUUUUUCAUUAAUUAUUUCGAAAUACUCUAAAUGUCAACAAGCUGCCAUGUUGCCUAUCUCUCUGUAUGUGUAUAUAUUUACACGCUCUCCAAUGCAGCCCGUAUGCACGUGUUCUUCUUACCCAAGUAUAAGACUUCGUAUGCUGUUUAAUUCCUAUUAUAUUAUCUUUUACUUUAUUCUUUUGUUGAAUGAAAUGACACGUCACAUUUUUAUGUGAUUCAAAAGACAAAUUCCCCCGAAAGAAAGUUCAAAAAUAUGAUAAUACAAAAUGUUGAACUGCCAUUAUUUCAUUUUUGUUGUGUUGAUAGCAAAUGUUUAUUUACAAUAAGGCUCUCUACAAAGCUGUUGGGGGCCAACAUUACUUAAGUCCGACUAUGUUUUAAAUUACCAAACAUAUCAUUGUUCUGACAAACAACCAGUCCUAUUAUUAAGAAGAUUUACUAGAAGCUAUCUGGUUCAUUUUUAAAGAAUAUAUAUGCCAUUUUAUGAUUAACUUGAAACAAAUCUAUAUUUCCCUACAAAACUUUGACAUAUAUAUUUCUUAAUUUACAUUUAACCAUGAACUGUAGAUAUUAUGCUCACAAUACACAUUAAUUAUCAUCCACAUACUGUAAAUGCUAAAGUGAAUGAUAUAUAUCGUGAUUGUUUGUGUUCUAAUUUCAAUUCAAAAUGAUUUUUUUUAAUUAUUUGAAUGAGUCUUCUCAUUGGCCUAAAGAGGUCCCUUGCAGUCAAAUUUCUUCUUUUUAUAUUUGGAGAAAUAUCCGUUAACAAUUGUUAACAAUUAUUAUAAAAUUAUAGAAUUAUACAGCUCCGACUACAAUUUAAUAUAGAAAAGAAAUAAGUGUCUUUGGAAUGGCGAUUCUUAUUAUUGUGUAUCCGAAAAAGAAUAUACCAUAACAUCUGCAACAAACAGAAACAAAUAUUUAUUACGAUAUAUUUAUUAAUUGUAAUCAAAAGUGAUAUCAACAAUAAACAGGGGCUGGUCUAUAUUUAGUUACUUUUGUCAAAAUACGACCAUCCUUUCAAAAAUACAUUAUGUUGUAGAACUUCUGAAGAAUUAAGUUUUGCAACAUUUCUUGGUAAUAACUAACCAACACAAAUGAAUUAUUUUAUUAUUUUAUUUUAUGUAUUUUUUUCUCGUUAACUACGAUGUUUUCAUUUCUUUUGACAUACAUGUAUCUUGUAUCUAAAUUUUGUUUUGUACUGAAUCCAUCUAUCAAGUCAACUGUAUUUGAAAUCAUAUUUCCUUACUGAAUUAUCUCAGAAACAAUGCUUUCGUUGGACCUGCUACAAUCUUCAGUGAACAAUUGACUGGCGAUCUAUUGAUCGUUUCUGUGUCCACCAAAACAUUUUCCGCCUAAAUGGAUGUCCGAUCUGAAAGUACCGGGCAAUCAUGAAAAAGACCCAGUGAUUCUCAGUCAGUAGUUCCGUAGUAGGAAGAGCCACUUUUACAACAAAAAAGACGUUUUGAGUUGUUUCUUGAUUGAGUCAAUUCCAGCAACGAAAGUACUAAGAAAAAUUAAAAUGUUUAGGCUUUAAGAUUUUGUCUAUUCUAAUCUUUAUUUUAUCUAAUUUCCUAAUGGACGAAAAUGUCAUAAAUAAAGAUUGGUGUACAGAAGUGAAUACAACAAGCCAAAAUUGAAGAAUAAAAUAGAUACCUGAA